GAAGCAUGACAUGGGAGGGAUGCGAUGGACCUCGCGCGCCCCCACUGCCAGGACUUCAAGGUCAACAAUCCCCGCCUCCCUGGUGCCCACGACGCCUGCGACCAGGAGGAAAUUACUCUGAUUAGAAGCCUGCGACUCGACUUGGGCAGCGCCGGAGACUCAGCGUUCGACCAGUUUUGCCUGCCCCAAACAGGCUCCUCGAGCUACAACAUUAAACCCCACCUUCGGCCGAGCAAGCUUUCGUCACGAUGCAGAGCCACAUUCUCGCGGUGCCGUUCCGCAAGGGCACGCAGCUGUCGCUCUCGGCGGCAGUGCGUCAGUACAUCUCGACAAAGUAUGACCAGCACCCAGACAUGUUCCGCCAGGACCUCGAGGUCAUCGAGACGCUACGGAACGACGCUGUCAACGUGCGCGAGCCACAUCCGACAGGCAUAGGCAAGCUCCAGGCGUAUGCCGCGCAGCUGGUCUGGAUAGGGGGCAAGUUCCCGAUAGACAUCGGUGCCGACUUCACCUGGUACCCAGCGCUCGGGUACAACACUGAGCGCCCAGUCGUCCACAACAACCUCCAGUUCGAGCUUGCCAACAUCCUAUUCAACCUUGCCGCACUAUACUCCCAGAUGGCCAUCGCCAGCAAUCGAUCAAGCACAGAGGGCCUCAAGACGGCGGCUAGCUACUUCAACCAGUCGGCCGGUGUUUUGUCCCACAUCAAGACCGCCGUACUACCCGAGAUGCGAACGACACCGCCCGAGGACAUGGAUGAACACGCCCUCGAGGCGCUGAUCCAGUUGCAGCUUGCACAGAGCCAGGAGUGCUUCUGGCAAAAAGCCGUUAUGGACGGCUACAAGGACGCCCUAAUUGCCAAACUUGCCGCCAAGGUGUCGGACUUGUACAACCUCGCCGGCGAAGCUGCCAUGCUCUCCGAGGCCAUCAGCAGCGGCUGGAUCCAUCACAUGAGCGCCAAGCACCACCACUUUGCGGCUGCUGCUCAAUACCGCGCGGCCUGCGAUUGCUUAGAGAAGCGCAAGUACGGCGAGGAGGUUGCGCGGCUCAAGGAUGCAGUCGCCUGUGUCGCGGAAGGUCUCAAGGAGUCACGGGGCGGAUAUCUACACAAGUCUGUUGUCGACGACCUGAAUGGUCUCAAGAAGCGGGUCGAAGAGGACGUGAAGCGCGCGGAGAGAGACAACGACGUCAUCUACCUGCAGGUCGUACCGCCCAAAGCCGAACUCAAGAUUCUGGAACGAGCGACCAUGGCAGUGAGCAAGGCGCCUCCGCAAGUAACUUCGCCCUUGGACUUCCUUGGGCCAAAGGCAGAGUUCGGACCGGGCCUGUUUAGCAAACUUGUCCCGUACUCGGUACACAUCGCCGUUUCCAUCUACGAGGAGAGGAGGGACAGACUGGUCAAUCAGAAUAUCAUCGCCGAGCUGGAGACACUGAAUGAGAGGAUCCAUGAAAUCCUGUCGUCGCUCAAUCUGCCUGGGUCGAUUCAGGCCCUCGAGAAGCCUCUUGGUCUUCCAGGCACUCUGGCCCAACACGCCGAUGAAGUACGGCAAGCGGACGCCAUUCACCGCCUACAGCGGUCUUUUGCAGACAUAGACAAGCUUCGCAAUGCCGAUGUUGCCGUGUUCGAGGAGGGCAAGGAGCUUCUACAGGCCGAAGAAGACGAGGACAACCGAUUGCGAAUGAAGUUUGGCACAGACAGAUGGAAUCGUCCUUCAAGUCGCGUCGAGCCGAGCCAGGGCGCCAAGCUUUGGAACCAAGUGAGUGAGGCGGAAGGCUGGUUCGGGAACAGUGCUAGCAGCGAUGGUGUGGUACGCGAGAAGUUCUACAAGAUUGAGGCCACCUUGGCCAUUCUCGCAGGGCCGGACCGGGGCAUGCUAGACUUUGUACCAUCGUCGAGACGCACAGAGAUCCCCGAACCUCUAAAACCCGCGCUCAACAGACUGCGCACUGCUUAUAACGAAGUCACUCGCUUCGAGUCUCGGCGACGGCGGAAAGCCGAGGCCCUUCGCGAGAAAGCCCGCGGCGACGACAUCAAGCAUGAUAUUCUAGCGGAAGCAGCCCGCCUGGAACGGACACAGGCUGUAGCCACGGCCAUCGUACCCGCCCACUUUGAAGACUUCUUCGAGAAGCGCCUCGACCAGCUCUACGAGGCGGAUCUGGAGAUGGUGCAGAAGGAGGCACAGGAGCAAGAACGACUGCUGGACGAAUUAGUCCAGAUCAAUCGCGGAUUCGAGUCGCAGAAGAGGGUUGUUAGUGACAAGGGCAUCAAGGAGCGCGAGCAGGCCCUGCAGAAGCUCGAAAACGCGUACUACAAGUACAAGGAGCUCGUCAGCAACGUCGAGGUCGGGCGCAAGUUCUACAACGACCUCCAGCGCAUCGUGGGCGGUUUCCGCGACAACGUCCGCACUUUCGUCACGGAGCGCCGGCGCGAGGCAAAGAUGCUCGAGGACGAGCUAUCCAUGCCACCCCUGAACUCGCUCAGCCUUGGCGGCCAGCAGCAGCAACAGCAGCAGCAACAGCAGCAGCAGAUGCCGCCGCAGCAGGUACAGUCUCCUGCUUUCAUGCACCAGCAGCAACCACCGCCACAGGGAUUUCCCCCGCCGCAGCAGCAGCAGCAACCCAUCAACAGCCCACCGGCCGAAGCACAUAUUCAGACCUGGGCUCCCGCGGGCGAGACCGUCGCUCCGCAGCCCCAGCCGCCGAGGGCUAACCCGCUACACAGCAUGUGGCAUCCGGAGCUGGGCAUCAAGUUUGGCGGGACCGGACCAGGAGCCGGCACGCCUGGUACCCCUGGUGGCCCACCGCAACAGCAGCAGCAGCAACAACCAGGACCUGGAGGAGCAGUAUCUGGCGGCAUGGCAUUGAGACAGCCCCCCGCUCCGGCUGGUGGGACUUGGGAUCCGAACAGCGGGAUUCGGUUCGGUUAGGAGGCCAACACGAGUCGCGUGCGGAGCAAGCUGUAAGUUGUGUGUGCUGGUGGACAUUGAUGGGAUAUCAGAAAUUCACCUGCCCAUAUCUGCAUGAGUCUAGUUUCAUUAACGGAAGC